AUGCUACUGUCACUGGUACGUUUCCUUCGACUACGAGCUUCUUCUUUCUCCUUUCUGAAGGCUUUCCUUUUCGUUCAGUGUUUCAGUCUUCUUCCAAUGUUAAAGGAAGAUCAUUCAGGACGUAAUCGGUGGAGAAUGUCCUCAAAGGAGGAAAUGUCAAACUACGUUCUACAGCCGCACACGCAAAGAUAUACGGAUUGCCCUAGGAUGCAACAGACACCGACAAGAGAAUAUCAACAGAUUGGGCAAGAAAGAUCGGCGCCUCCAGGAAAGGAAAUAAAUAAUGCUCCAUCUGAAUGUCACGUACAUUUACGACGUCAUAGUCGAUUGCAAGAAUUUAUCUUCGAUUAUAUCAUUAAAAGAUGGGAAGAUUAA